AUGAGGGAGAAGGGGAAGGAGGGAGGAGGAGGGAGGAGGAAUCCAACCGGAGGAGUUGGCGGCGUUGGGAGCGAGGCGCGGCUGCGCGUGGACCUGGCAGCCCCCCGCGUUCGGGACGCCCCAGACGGGGAGAUGUGAAUGAGAGGAGGGGGGCGAGGAGAGGGCGAUGGAGGCGAUAAACGAGACGCCGGGGGUGAAGCGGUUGUUUUGGUUUAAUUCAUGGGGCUUAUAACGGGGACUCCGGAGGAGCGCGGUCACUGCGCAGUCUUUGAGUCAGAGGCGUCAUUGAGCCCUUGUUUACCAGCAGCAGCCGCCGCCUGCUCUCCCGAGUGUUCGCCAGCACCACCAGGAGGGGUCACCACAACAACCGUCAUCAGCACCGACUACAGACGCCGGACUCAGACCCUCCCUUGAGCCAGCUCGGACAUCCAGCCCUGGACCGGGCAGCAGCUCCGGACAACACCACAACACCACCACCCCUAAACCCGGACUGCGACACGGCCAGCAGCCCAUUCCUGCGGCUCGUACCUCCAGCCUGGCGAUUCUUCACAGUCCACUACCUCCGGUUCCCGGACCUGGGGACCGAACUCACCACCGGGACCAUGACCCAGCCACCUGCUUAGACCAUCUUCAGGUCAGGACAUAGACCUGCCCAACAUUCCCUCUAUCACUCCAGAGGACGUUAACCUAGCCACCCCCAUUGCUCCUGACCCCCCGUCACCCCAACACAUCCAUCAGUUCCUCUAAGAGUCCGGGAACCCACGGCCUCCACCAUACGUCCGGAAACCGAACCCAGUCUUCGUGCCAGCAUCGUCAGCCCGAGGCCCGGCCACCUGCCCUCCGCCAGCCCCGGGGUCGCGUCGCGGCCCCAUGCUGUCCCACAGCGCGGCGUGCUGCGCUCACGACGCGAUUUGCCCACCGGGCGAGGUGGUGAGGGGCCGCUACGUGAAGCGAGGGGAGCCCGGCCCCACCCCGAGCGGCCUCAUGGCUCCACUGGGUCACGGGAGGCCAUCGGCGUCUCCGCGUCUCGGUCGCGCCGACGCCGGGAGCAACGCCCGGAGCCAGGGACUUGGGAAUGGAGCGCUGCCCGUGAGCCCUCGAGGAAGUGUGCAGGUGGCUAACGGCGCGGUGGCAACGGCGCACGGGCCCGGCCGGGGGAGGAGAGGCGCGCUGGCACCGAGGGAGAGGCGGCAGCAGCAGCAGCAGCGCCUGUCGGGGCCUCCCCACAACCAGGGCUUGCUGCAUGGCUCCCCGCCCAGCGGAGAGAACCGUCGGCCCGCGGCGGAGGAGCCGCCGCUGCCCAUCGGCUGGUCGGCGGAGCGCACGGCACACGGGCGCCGCUUCUACAUCGACCGCAACACGGGCACGACGCACUGGAGCCACCCACGCGAGCGCCACGGCCUGCCCCCCGGCUGGGAGCGCGUGCAGUCUCCCGAGUGCGGCACCUACUACCUGGACCACGCCAACCGCCACGCGCAGUACCGCCACCCGCGGGCGCCCAGUGAGCCCCACUACGAGGAGCCCCCCCCGGUGCCCCCGCUCUCGUCUCCGCCCCCCGCGAGCUCCGGCCCCGGCGGGGCGUCGCGCAGGGCGCGCCCCGCCGAGCGCCGUGCCGCCGCGCUCGUCCCCGCCAACCCGUACCGCGAGGCCGGCGUGCCCGAGUGGCUGCGCGCGUACGCACGCGCCCCCAGCAAGUACGACCACAUCCUCAAGUGGGAGCUGUUCCUGCCGGACGACCUGGAGGACUACCAGGCCAUGCUCAAGCUGCUCUUCAUGAAGGAGCUGGAGGUGGUGGUGCGGCGCUACGAGCGCUACCGCCAGGCGCUGCUCAACCGCCUGCGCACGCCGGCGGUGGCCAGCAAGGGCUGCAGCCCCGCGGGCGCCGGGGCCUGCAAACCGCGGGAGGGCGGCCGCGACCCCUGAGGGCGGCCGCGACCCCUGAGGGCGGCG